AUGUUGCCCAAGCACUGUAAUGACGAUGUCCAUAACUGCCAGUCGGACAUGAACAUCAUGGGGGCAUGGAAGAGAGGCUACACGGGUAAAGAUGUGGUGGUCACGAUACUAGAUGACGGCAUCGAGAGGAACCACCCAGACCUCUUUCAGAACUACGACCCUCAAGCCAGCUUUGACGUCAACGGCAACGACAUGGACCCCAUGCCCCGAUACGACGCAACCAACGAGAACAAACACGGGACGCGGUGUGCGGGUGAAGUUGCUGCAGCCGCAAACAACUCCCACUGCAUUGUGGGAAUUGCCUACAAUGCCAGAAUAGGAGGUGUGCGAAUGCUGGAUGGCGAUGUAACAGAUAUGGUGGAAGCUAAGUCUUUGAGCCUCCAGCCACAGCACAUUGACAUCUACAGUGCCAGCUGGGGACCUGAUGAUGAUGGAAAGACUGUGGAUGGACCAGCGUCUCUGGCCAGGCAGGCCUUCGAGAACGGCAUCCGCAUGGGGAGGAAGGGCCGUGGCUCCAUCUUCGUGUGGGCAUCAGGCAACGGCGGGCGCAGCAGAGACCAUUGCUCCUGUGACGGCUACACCAACUCUAUCUACACCAUCUCAAUCUCCAGCACAGCCGAGAGCGGACGCAAGCCGUGGUACCUGGAGGAAUGCUCGUCCACACUGACCACCACCUACAGCAGCGGAGAGAACUACGACCGGAAAAUUAUCACAACAGACCUGAGACAUCGAUGUACAGACAGUCACACGGGGACGUCGGCCUCGGCUCCCAUGGCUGCUGCCAUUAUUGCUCUGGCCCUGGAGGCAAAUCCUCUUUUAACAUGGAGAGAUGUGCAGCACAUAAUUGUAAAGACCUCCAGAGCCGGACAUCUCAGCGCCCCUGACUGGAAGACCAAUGCUGCUGGAUACAACGUCAGCCACCUGUACGGCUUUGGAUUGAUGGACGCUGAGGCGAUGGUGAAGGAGGCGGAGCGAUGGAAGCAAGUACCUCCUCAGCACGUCUGUGUGGAGAGCGCAGACCGACAAAUAAGAACUAUCCGUCCAGAGCAUGUGGUUCGGUCGGUGUACAAAGCAACAGGAUGCACUGACAACCCCAACCACCACGUGAUCUACCUGGAGCACGUGGUCGUACGUAUCACAAUCACACACACCCGCCGUGGGGACCUGUCAAUCAAUCUGACCUCACCCUCAGGGACCAAGUCUCAGCUGCUUGCCAACAGGUUGUUUGAUCACUCCAUGGAGGGUUUUAAGAACUGGGAGUUUAUGACCACCCACUGCUGGGGAGAGAAGGCAGCAGGCGACUGGGUCCUAGAGAUCUAUGAUUCACCUUCUCAACUCCGCAGCCAGAAAGUACCCGGCAAACUGAAGGAGUGGUCACUGGUGCUGUAUGGCACCUCUGUGCACCCGUACUCGUCUCUGCGCAGCGAUAAGCCCCGCUCCACAGACAUGCUGACGCCCACCGAAGAGGAGUUCACAGAGGAGUACAACGGCCCCUGUGACCCUGAGUGCAAUGAGAAUGGCUGUGAAGGUCCUGGACCCCAUCACUGCAUCAACUGCCUCCACUAUUUCCUCAAGUUCAAGAACAACACCAGGAUGUGUGUGUCAGAGUGCCCCAGUGGCUUUUUCCGUGACGAUAGGAAGCGCUGCAAGAAGUGCUCCUCAUUGUGCGAGACCUGCGUUGGAAGUCGUAGCGACCAGUGCACCACAUGCAGGACUGGUUUUCACCUCAACGAAGGCUCCAAUACGUGUGUCGCCAACUGCGGCGACGGCUUCUACCUCGACACUGAUUCCAACAUUUGCAGGAGAUGUCCAGAGAACUGCAGGAAGUGCACCAACUCCAAUAUCUGCACAGAAUGUAAACCUGGGAUGAGUCUUCAAGGAAACAAGUGUCAAAUGACCUGUGACCCAGGAACUUAUUACAAUGGCCACAGAAGGACUUGUGAGCCUUGUCAUCGGGCAUGUGCCACCUGCGCAGGCACAGGUAUAGAGGCGUGCACAAAGUGUGCAGACGGCUACUUACUUGAGGACUGGCGGUGUGUGUCAACAUGCAGCACUGGCUACUACCUGUCAGAGCAGACCUCAGACAACGGGCAGGUUCAGAGGUCCUGUAAGAAGUGUGACCAUAGCUGCUACGAGUGCUUGGGGCCCGGUGAACAGAACUGCAGCAGCUGUGUCACUGGUUACAAUCUGGAGGCAGGAGCCUGUGUGGUCAGCACCAUCUGCAAAGAUGGACAGUACAUGAGUCAUCAUGGAAAUUGCCACCUGUGUCAUGCUACCUGUCUGCAGUGCACAGGUCCGGAGGAAGAAGACUGCACCAGCUGCUCUGAGACACGGCUCUUUGAUGAUGGGAGCUGCGUCAUCCGCUGCCAGACAGGGCGUUAUGCCAUGGGGAGGCAGUGUCAUCUCUGUCACCACACCUGCCACGAGUGCACUGAUGAGGGACCUGACAACUGCACCAGCUGUGACAGAGAUAAGUUUGGAGGCCCCAGGUACCUCUUUCAGAGUCAAUGCCGGGAUGUCUGUCCAGAGGGGUUCUUCAGCUCUUCAAGGAAACGGUGUGAGCACUGUCCUACAGACUGUAUCAUCUGCUCGUCAGCAGAACACUGCCUCCACUGCAGCCCAGGACACAAGCUCAGAAAUGGACAGUGUGUCCCGCUGGAGUGCAGUGCAGGUGAGGUUGCAGACGCCGAUAAAGAGGACUGUAUUCCCUGUGACGAGGGCUGCAAGAAAUGUGAGCGCAAGGAUUCAGGAGCUCAAGAAACUGUUUGCCUCAAAUGUGAAGAUGGUUAUUACCAGUUGGGCUCAGACUGUCAUCAGUCCUGUCCAGAUCGGACCUACAAUGUGAACGACACCAUGGUGUGUGAUCCAUGUGAAGACAAACAGUGUGAAGUCUGUGACGAGUUCCAGUGCUACUGGUGUAAAGAGGGAUUCUACGUUGACGAUGGCAAGUGUGUGGAUCACUGCAAGAAAGGUUUCUUUGUGGAUGAGGAGAGCCGAGACUGUGAGCCCUGUCACCGCGACUGUCGCACCUGCGGAGGGCCUCGAUAUGACGACUGUGAUUCCUGUGAAGACGAAUUCAUGCUGAUCAAUGGGGAGUGUGUUAAGGAUAGACAGCUUGCUCUCUGCCCUGAGACACACUUCAGAAACAGUCAGGGCGACUGUGAGUUGUGCUACUCCACUUGUAAGACUUGCUCUGGUGCAGGAAAGGAUGACUGCAACAGCUGCCACUCUGGUCGUUUUUUGACCGCUCGACAGACCUGCACGCCUCAUUGUCCACCUGGCACGUUUGCCAACAAGGCGUCCAGCCAGUGUGAAGACUGCUCAAAAGGGUGUGUCAUAUGCCAAGACACCCAGCAGUGCCAGCACUGUCGCAAUGGACUUAACCUCCAAAAUGGAGGGUGUGUGGUGGAGUGUCAGAGAGGAUUUCCUCAAGGUGGCGUGUGCCACCCAUGUGCCCCAGAGUGCAAAUCCUGCCAGGGAAAUUCCUCUCACUGUGUGAGCUGUGAGGCACAGUACCUGCUGCUGGACCACUCCUGCAGGUCACACUGUCCAGAGGGCUACUACACCUCCAAGACAGAGUGCCAUCGCUGUCCAGCUCAUUGUGAAGAGUGCAAUCAAGAUGGCCUGUGUAAGAAGUGUGCCCACUACUACUUCCUCCAUAACGACAAGUGUGUGGAUGAUUGUCCCGAUGGCUACUUUGCCAGUGAGAAGCAACAGGAGUGUGUGCGUUGCCACGCGGAUUGUGCCUCUUGUGACGGACCAGGCUUUGAUGACUGUGAUGUGUGUAGCAACCCGCAAGCUGUGCGUUACAACGGAGAGUGUCUGGCUAAGUGUCCCAGCAGCACUUACUAUGAUGCGACUACCAAUGAAUGCAGAGACUGUGACAGGUCAUGUCUGACCUGCUCAGGCCAUGAGCCCUCAUCCUGCCUUACCUGCGACACCAACAGGCGUAAAGAUGCCAGCGGUCACUGUGUGUGGUUCAGUCAGUGCCCUCUGAGCUCAUACAUGGACCAUAAUGGGGACUGCCAGCCGUGUCACAAACUCUGUCAUCGCUGUUUUGGGUCAGGCCAAGAUCACUGCCUCAGCUGCAACCCACCAUACUUCAUACUGAACAGCACAUGCAUGCAGGAGUGUCCUGUCGGUUACUAUGCAGACGACAAAGACGAACGUGCGUGUGAACGCUGCCACUUCAGCUGUAAGUCAUGUGCUGGUCGUCACAGUGUGCAGUGUGUCGACUGUAGAUCUGGAUUCUUCAAGCAGGGAAGUAGCUGCGUGGAAACCUGUUCAGAGAGUCACUUUGGUAACACCACCACCAUGGUCUGUGAGCGAUGUGACCCCUCUUGUACCAAGUGUUGGGGUCGUGGUAACAGAAACUGUCUGCUCUGUCGGGAGGGCUUCGUCUACCUGAGGCAGCAGGGACAGUGCCUUCAAAGCUGCCCUCCAGACUACUACCAAGACAGAUGGUCCAAGACCUGUCACAAGUGUCACCCCACCUGCAAAACCUGCAGUGCUGGCGGCGCUCUGUUCUGUCAAUCCUGUUAUGAAGGCUACACAUUCAUGAGAGGCAUCUGUGCAGCCCAGUGUCUUGUAGGCUUCUACGCCACUUCACAGGGCUCUGAGUCUGACAACGAUCAGCCAAACUGCCAGGCGUGUGACCCGUCCUGCUUGGACUGCCGAGGUCCUGGCAUGCAGAGUUGUACAGUGUGUCCCGCACUCCAGAUCCUGUCUGAUGAUGGCCGCUGCUUGUCCUGCUGUGGUAAUGAGACACGCCAUGAUGAUAAACCAAUACCGAGGGAGUGCUGUGACUGCGAGGCCUCACGAGAGGAGUGCGUCCUGGGUGUCAACUUUCUGAUGAGAGAGGAUUCAGAGGCCGAAGGCAACACCGCCAAACUCUUUGUCACUGCCUGUGUUGUAGUUAUCCUCUCUGUGGGCGGAGGAGUCUUCCUCUUCCUCAAUGCUCGAUCUAGAACAGUUGCAAUGGCACCUAAAAUCAAAGCAGGAGGCUAUGAGAAACUGGAUACCAAUGGAGGCGUUGCCUUACAGCCUGCUGUCUCUUCAUUUGGGGAGUACAGCGAUCGCAUUGCCGAAUGCGAGGAUGAUGAGGAAGACGAUGACGAUGAGGACAUUGUGUACAUGGGACAGGAUGGGACGGUGUAUCGGAAGUUCAAGUACGGACUCUUGGAUGAAGAUGAGAUUGAGUUGGAGUAUGAUGAUGAGAGCUACUCCUACAGAUGAAAACAAAGCACACAA